AUGCCUCCUCCGCCCUCGGGCCCACUGGACAGCUGUCUGCAGGACUGGGAGAAUCUGCAGCAGGACUUCCAGAGCAUCCAGGAGGCGCACCGGCUGUACCGCUUGAAGCUGGAGGAGCUGACCAAGCUGCAGAACAGCUGUACCAGCUCUAUCACUCGGCAGAAGAAGCGGCUCCAGGAGCUGGGCCUUGUCCUGAAGAAAUGCAAACCCUCCCUCCCGGCAGGAGCCGCGGAGGCCGUGCAAGAGCUGGAGAACCAGAUCAAGGAGCGCCAAGGCCUCUUCUUUGACAUGGAGGCCUAUUUGCCUAAGAAGAAUGGGCUGUACCUGAGCCUGGUUCUGGGUAACGUCAACGUGACACUCCUCAGCAAGCAGGCUAAGUUUGCCUACAAGGACGAGUACGAGAAGUUCAAGCUCUACCUCACCAUCAUCCUCAUCCUCAUCUCCUUCACCUGCCGCUUCCUCCUCAACUCCAGGGUGACAGAUGCGGCCUUUAACUUCCUUCUGGUCUGGUACUACUGCACCCUGACCAUCCGGGAGAGCAUACUUAUCAACAACGGCUCCCGGAUCAAAGGCUGGUGGGUGUUUCAUCACUACGUGUCCACGUUCCUGUCGGGAGUCAUGCUGACGUGGCCUGAUGGCCUCAUGUACCAGAGGUUCCGGAACCAGUUCCUGUCCUUCUCUAUGUACCAGAGCUUUGUGCAGUUCCUGCAGUAUUACUACCAGAGUGGCUGUCUGUACCGCCUGCGGGCGCUGGGCGAGAGGCACACCAUGGACCUCACUGUGGAGGGCUUCCAGUCCUGGAUGUGGCGGGGCCUCACCUUCCUGCUGCCCUUUCUUUUCUUCGGACAUUUCUGGCAGCUUUUUAAUGCACUGACCCUGUUCCACUUGGCCCAGGACCCUGAGUGCAAGGAGUGGCAGGUGCUCAUGUGCGGCCUCCCCUUCCUCCUCCUCUUCCUCGGCAAUUUCUUCACCACCCUGCGGGUCGUGCACCAGAAAUUCCACAGCCAGAGACAGGGGAUCAAGAGCAAGAAGGAGUGA